AUGAACAUAUGAACUGCGUCCCUAAGCUUAUUGCUUGACACAAAAUUUUUUAGACUUGACAAAGCACAUUCAACUGAUUCAUCAUUUGAGGAUUCAAUAGGUGCCUUAGAAAAUCAAGCAUGGGUAAGUGCCUGUGAAGCAGUUAGUCUCUUUUUCAUUGGACAAAUCAGCUUUAAAAUUAAUCUUUUAGCUUCAUCUGAGAUUUUAUCCCAAGGACUAUCUGCAAGGUUGAUUUUUCCUUUUUUUAUGUUUAAAGCUAUUUCUUCGUCUGAUUUUCCAUUAAAAGGCAGCGACCCAGAUAAUAGUAAAUAG